CUGAAAUGCAGACAGUACCAGUUUGUAUGGACACCACCUUGCCUCCCAGGGACUACAUUCUCCAGAAAGGUUUCACAGAGUCUUCAUUUCGGAGGCUUCCUGCAGAGGAGUGCAUUGGGAUCCACCAUGCGCCUUUCCAGUUCGACCGCCAUGCCCGGGCCAGAAUUUCCACUUCUCCAACUUUAAGGCGUCUAAGGAUGGCCUCUGCCUCACAAGCACUGUCAUUUCAGGACUGUUCUGACACAGCUCACCCAGGGAAUCAAAAGGAAUACACUGGCUCUCUCCACCACAUUUGUAAGAGUCCACCUCGUUGCAUUACAACGUCUUCAUUGUCGCUGCCUCCUUGUGUCCAUGCAAAAUUAUUGUCGUCCAAAGCCAAGUCUGAGAGAACUACAGCAGUUCCAGAAUCUGACCUACCCAGAUCAAAGCUUCCAAGCAAAGAGGAUCCUCUCAGCAAUGAGAGUCCCAAUGAGCCACCCAGAAGCUCCUGGAGAGCCAACUCUGCUACACUUCCUAUGAGACUCCCCCGCCCAAUCCCUACACUUUGGGCAGGUGUCCAGGAGAGUGGAUUGCCCAUGCAAAGAUCAGCCGAGCGCAGGCGCAGCUCCCUGGUGGUGACUCUGCCAGGACUCGAGGUGUUCCCUGGAGACCUGCUGGUGUCAGACAGUGCCAUGGACUACCUGCCCUGCUCAUCCUCCCUGCUCAGUGCAGAGUCCAAAAAGUCAAGGUGGCCAUUUGCCAAAAGAGGAGUUGGUAAAGACAAACAGAAGCAAGCAUCUGAUCUGGAAAGUUGUCUUUCUGCUGUUAAGAUCACAGACCACUGCACAGAUGAAUUUUUCUGCUUCAAGAGUAAAUCUUGGCAUGAAUUUAUAAAUGAGCAACAGACUGAGCAGAAAUAUGUCAACAGCCAGCUAGAAGUGAAAAAAGAAGCAGCAGUGUGGGAACUUUUCACAAGUGAAUGCACUUACUUUCUGGAUCAUUUGCUGGUUCUCAAGAUGAUAUUUAUGAACACUCUAAAAUACCUCCAGAGUAAUGAAUUUCUCCUGGAUGUGGAUUUGUGGAGACUUUUUGCAAACUUAGAGGAGUUAAACAAGAUAAGUCUCAGUUUUCUGAAAAUGUUUUUUGAAACUGUGAAGAAGCACAUCAGCAAGUCAGACUCUCCUAUGGAUUUCAGCUCUGUACUCAGAAAGUUUUUCCAGGGUGACCUCUGCCAGACACACCAGAUUUACUGUCUUAAUUAUACUUCUGCUGUAUUCUACCUUGAAAAACUGAGACAGAGAGAAGAUUUUAGCAUCUACCUGAAGUGGUGUGAACAAAAUGAGCAGUGCAAAAGGUUGCAUCUGCCAGAGCUGCUGGUUGCUCCUCUGCAUCGACUGACGCGGUAUCCCCUCCUCCUCAACAACAUCUGGAAGAGGAGCACUGACGAAACAGAGAAAAGUUUUAUCCAGUCACUUAAAGAGAAGGUGGAAAAGUCUAUAAGGGAUCUGGAAGGUAAAGUCAAGUGGUUGGACAACUUUCAGAAGUUCAGGCAGCUGCAAGAGGUCAUAAUUUGGCCUCAGGUCUGGGAUCGUGACAAAAGGUUCUUUGUCCCAGAGUGUUUGAAGCAAAACUUAAAAGAAAACUGCAGUGAAAACAUUUUGUCUUCAGUGAGCAGACUUCUCCUUCAUGAAGGGAAGCUGAUGCUAGCAGAAAGCACAAGACUCCUUGAUGUCUACCUCUUUUUAUUUGAUGAUUUCCUACUAAUUACCAAAAUUAAACGUAACAAAAAGAAAUAUGGAGGCUCAGACACCAGCUUAAUCCCCGUCUGUCCUUCCCUCACUCCUGAGCUGCAGUGUUUCAUAAGAGAGGGGGGAUUUUGCACAGUCCUAGACCAGCCCAUCCCACUAGACAGACUCGUACUGAAAAAUGUUGAACCCGUCCAAGUUACAGUCUUCAGCCUGCGAAAUGCUUUUCUAAUUCAGCAUGAGAACAGGUAUCGGCAGUGCAUAGCAGUCUUCUUGCUACAAGCUCAGACAGAGACUGCCAAGAAAGCAUGGAUGUCACAGAUAGAAACAGCAAUCUCCAAUUACACCACACAACAUGAAACCAAGAAAAGCACUGCUUUCUGCUUCUCUGUGGAAUCCUCUGAAAUUUAA